UCGGGUCUAGAAUAGUUGUGCAGCUUGGUAUCAAAAAGAGAAGUGAAAAUAAGAAAUGGCUAAUCCCACGAACUUGCACAAGGUUUUAUUUUUUUGCUUAAGUCUUCACUUUGGUUUUAUGAAGGUUUGAUUUAAAGUUAAAUUUCAAGAUUAAUACUUUGAAUUGUGAUACUUUGCAAUCUGAAUUUAUACACUCAUAUUGAAAUCCGAUGAAUCAAUUGAGAAGCCGUUUUAGAGGUUGUUUACUUGGUGUUCAUGUCGGUGACACAUUUGGAGCUCCUUUUGAAAAUGAUGAAGUUAUUUCAAGAAAAUUAUUACAAAAUUAUCUCAAUAAUUUAGUUGCUGGGAAAAGUAACAAUCAAAUUUUUCCUUAUACUGAUGAUACUUUAAUGACUCGUGCUGUUGCUCAGUCUUUGGUGGCUCAUAAAGGAUUUAAUGCUACAGAUCUAGCUAAACGAUUCGCUCAAGAUUUUUUCGAAAACCCUAAACGUGGAUAUGGAGAAAGAGUGACUGAAGUUUUUGCUGCUCUUCACAUUGAAGAGUAUGCAGACCCAUUUGGACCAGCUAAGCGUCAAUUUAGCGGGACAGGGUCCUAUGGAAAUGGUGCUGCUAUGAGAAUUGCCCCAGUUGCCUUGUAUGGAAUCAAUUUAUCUGACGAUAAGUUCAAUGAAAUGGUUGACAACUGUUCCAGGAUCACUCAUACCAAUGUGAAAGGAGUAAAUGGAGCUAAACUUCAAUGUCAUGCUAUUCGAGAAGCCUUAAGAGCUAGUCAGCCAUUUGAUUCAUUAUCCUACCUUCAAAAACUGGCUCAAAAAAUGGAAAAAAUCGAGGAUGGCUGCCAAGACAAGGAUAAAAUUUACUCGAAAGCUUUACUAGAAAUGUUGCAGAUUUUUGAAGGCAAACACAGGAACAAAGAUCCUUUGCCGGCAGACAUUGCUGAUAUCUUCGGCAACUCAGUAUCAGCUCAGAGAUCUGUUCCGUCCGCUGUCUACUCGUUUGUCCGAGCUCAAGCACCUACAGAAUUAUUCGAAACAGAUAACCCUUUUCUUCGUGCCUUAUUUUUAUCCAUUUCUCUUGGUGGUGAUACAGAUACAAUUGCUUCAAUGGCUUGUGCCAUAUCCGGUGCCUUGCAUGGUGAUUCAAAAGUACCUCCUUUGUUGAUUGAACACUGUGAGGCUUCUGAUAAUACCAUUAAACUAGCUGAUGAACUUCAUAAAAUUGUUGAUAAUCAGUCUGAAUCAAACGAAAAACGAUAAAAGCAUUCACAUUAUGCUCCAAAAUUGAGACACAAUUCGCCAUUUUUUAAGGUUCUAUCGUUUGGAGCUCUAGCCUGACCAUAAUGAAGAACCGAACUGUUUAUUCCAGAUCCACAGAUAACAAGUAUAUGAAAGGAGUCGAGCUCCACCAUUGUAAUGACAAUAAUGCCGAAAUAAACUUUCAAGUUGAUAUUCUUUCA